GGAUAGAAGAGAGGGGGAAAAAAAGACAGAUGGUGCGUGACAGAGACACUCAAACAGAGAAAGUGUCGAAUGGAGGAUGAAGAUGAGGUCCGUGAGAAGUAGGGUAGAGAAGAGCGGAGGUUAGCAGAUGCCAGCGAGACUUCCUGUGCUCAGAAACACACCUGAUGCUCCUGCGCUUGAGUCUGUGUGUUUGGAGCCUCCAGAUCUGAAGGCCAACAAGAUCAACGCCACUCAAUCAACAGGAAAUGGAUGCCACUGAAUGACACUGAGGGUCUGACACACACACACACACACACACAGCUGGACACGGUUUCCUAGUGCUCUGGGAUGGAUAGACAUUCCCAUAUCCCAUGGCAGGAGUACUGCUACCUGGAUCUGAAGUCCAAUGCUCAAAAACAAGAGACUAGCAAAAGGAUGGAAGAUCCUGGGUGGUUACGCAGACACCAGACGUUGUUGCAACGGUUCUUAUCCACCUCCAUUUUGGUAAAUGUGGUCCAUCACAUGAGAAAGGCAGACCUGCUUAGUGCACAGGAGGCGGGGCUUAUACUGGAAAUGGGGUCGUUGAAGGAUAAAGUGCAUUUAUUGGUUGAGUUCCUGUCUGUCACUGAUCCACAUGGCACCGCCCUUCAGACUUAUCUUCAAAGUUUACACCUGACCGAGUACAACCUUAUAACUGUACAUGACUCUGUGGUUCGACGGUAUAAAGACGCUCUCAUUCAGCGACUCAGAGAAGAUGAAAAUUCAUUGGCGCAAGUCCCCGGCAACUCAAAUUCCACUUUACUCCUCAUAGAGUGCGUAUCUGACCUUCAGCAGCGAGAACACGACCUUGUACAGGUGUUAGUCAACAGAGGGGCGGGGCCUCUUCACGGUCGAGCGCUGGGAUUGGACAAGCUGAUCGCUCCUUUGACGAGAGUUAGCACCGCCCCUCGCGUGACACUGACGGUGGGCGUGGCCGGCAGCGGAAAGAGCCGAAUGGUCCGCCGUUUCAUCCAGCUAUGGAGCACCAGUCAGAUCUAUCCAGAGCUGAGUCUCGCAAUCCCCAUUGCAUGCUGGGAAUUGAGCAGUUUCGAUCGGCUAUCGGUCGAGCGCUUGCUGCGACUGUUCGUUCCGUAUGAUAACAUGGACGUAAUUUUAUUUAACGAAUCCUGCAAAGUGUUGCUCAUUUUGGACGGAUUGGAAGAAUUUCGCCAGUCGCUGGAUUUCGCAGAUGCCCCGCCCACUAGCGACCCUCGUCGCGAAAUUCCCGUGUCGGAUCUCAUUGCGAAUAUUGUACGAGGCAACCUGUUGCCAGGGGCAACACUCUGGCUUUUAUCAAGGCCUGGCACUGGUGCGAAAGUUCCAGCAGGAUUGGUCGACCGUGUGACGGAAGCCCCGCCUCUUUCCCGAACGCAAAUAAAGGAUUACAUUAAUCACUGUGUUACGAACACGCUAGAUGCGUAUUCGAUAUCACAAGACAGCUCACAGUCUCAAACAAACACACCUGAGGAUGUCUCCUCCCAAGUGUGGACUUACCUGAAUUCCCAGAAACCAUUGCUCAUUUUGUCUUCUGUGCCCGCAGUUUGCCACAUUAUUGUAACUACGCUAUCACGCCUUCUACAGUUGGACUCAGAUGCCACGCCCCUUCCUCGAACAUUAACAGAAGUCUACGCCCACUACUGUUGGCCACACCUCUCUGGAUCAGACACGCCCAGUGGAAGCAUCAGGAAGCCGCUUAGCUCUCUGGGUCGCCUUGCUUUUUAUAGCCUCUUACGACGACGGUAUACGUUCAGCGAGACAGAAUUGCGAACUUAUGGCGUCGAUGUACCACCUCAGGGUGGGAUGCUCAGCUGCCGCAUCCUCCAGCGCAGGCAAAGCUGGUCGUCCGAUAGCGUGGCGUGGCAGUUCACGCACACGUCCGUGCAGGAGUUCCUGGGGGCGCUCUUUUACUACAUUUCGUCGAGGCGCGGGAUGUUCGAUCUGUUUUCCGAAAGCGGCGUUUCCUGGCCCCGCAUUGGCUUCCAUAGCCACUACCGUGCUGCGCUGCAGAAAACCAACCAAUCAGACGCCGCAGCGCAAGGCAACCUCGACCUCUUCAUGCGCUUCCUGUCAGGGCUACUGUCUCCAGCGGCUGCAGCUUUGCUAGGCGGUUCGCUGGGCGUUGGGCACGAGGAGCAGGUGACCCAGCGCACAACAGCGACAACUUUGCUUCAAAACGCAGUGACUGGGACAGGAGGCGACGCCGUUAGCAUGCGCAGCGUCACGAUGGUAACAUGUCUGGCGGAGCUGCAGCAGGCGGAGUGGCUACGAUCCGUAGAGGACGAUCUCAUUAACUGCAGCCUGCGGGGGAAGCUGAAGGGCGGAGUUUGUGCUGUUCUCGCCUACUUGUUGCAAGUAUCAGACACAUGUACUGAAGAGACGCAACUGUCCAACUGCCUAGACUCCUCCUCCUUGAAGAGGCUCCUCCCACAGCUGCUGUACUGCAGUAAGCUGAGAAUGGAAAACAAUGAAUUUAAGGAAGGCACCAUGGAGCUGUUGGGAAGUCUGCUGAGUGCCAAAGAGUGCCAUAUUCAGAUGCUCAGUCUGGCUGAUAACUCCAUAAGCAGCAAAGGCAUUAAACCGCUCAGUCGGGCUCUACUUGUCAACCGAACCCUCACAACCCUGGAUCUUCGUGGCAAUAAUAUUGGUGCCAAGGGAGCAAAGACAUUGUGCGAGGCCCUAAAAAUGAACCAGGUCCUCGUGUCAGUCAAUCUGCAGAAUAACCACAUAGAGAAUGAAGGAGCGUGUGCGCUGGCGGAGGUUCUUCAAUCAAACCGAAAGCUCACCACACUCAACGUUCAGAAGAAUGGCAUCGGGCCAGAAGGAGUGAAAAAAAUCGGAGAAGCCCUUACGAAGAAUCAAACUCUACAAGAUCUCAACGUCUCCAGCAAUCAUUUGGGUGAUUUGGGAACAGUAGCUCUGGCUCAGGCUCUUAUGGUCAACCAUGUACUCCACACGAUCAGUCUUCAGAGUAACUCAGUGAGUGACAGAGGUGUUAAAGCUCUCUCACAUGCUCUUCAGUCAAACCGAGGACUCGGCUGUCUCAAUCUAAGGGAGAAUUCAAUAGGAGUCGCUGGAGCCAAAGACAUCGCCAAAGCCUUAAAAGUCAACACUUGUCUUCGAGAACUCGAUUUGACCGCUAAUCUUCUUCACGAUGAGGGAGUGACGGCCAUCGCUGAAGCCAUGAGGGUCAACAGAGCCAUCACCUCCUUACAUCUCCAGUGGAACUUCAUAAAGGCUGGAGCCGCUAAAGCUUUAGCUCAGUCUCUCAUGAGCAACACCUGCAUUCAGCUGCUGGAUCUGCAGGAGAACGCUCUGGGUGAUAACGGCGUCAUUGCUCUGGCCUGUGCUCUGAGGUCAAACUCUUCUCUCAGUGUGCUCUAUCUUCAGGGUGUAUCAGCAGGUAAAUCAGGGGCCGUUGCGCUAGCGGAUGCUCUGGUGGUCAACGAAAGCCUUCAUACACUAGAUCUGCGUGGAAACUCCAUUGGGAUGGAAGGAGCGAAGGCGUUUUCCAGUGCUCUGAAGAAAAACAGGAGCUUGAGAAGUCUGAAUCUACAGGAGAAUUCUCUGGGGAUGGAUGGAGCGAUCUUCAUCGCUACUGCGCUGAGAGGAAACCAUCAGCUCACCUACAUCAAUCUCCAGGGUAACGGCAUCGGGGAGUCAGGGGCAAAGGUCGUCUCAGAUGCCAUCAAAGCUGGUGCACCAGAUUGUGUGGUGGAUAUCUAGCACACGCACAAACUCGCCACAACAUGUUUAUUUAGAGCCUUAUUCGUGUAAAUAUUUCCAAAGUUUAUGUAUUAAAGUUGUGUAAUAAUAAAUGCUUAUUUUAUAAAACAGAACUGACAAAGAUGUUGCCUUAAUAAAACACAUCAUACAAAAAUUUUGCUGAACUUUCAUUCAGAUGAAUUCAAAUAACUGAGAAUGUUAACGGCAAUUAAACAGGCGUCUACACUUGAAUACAGAUGAGAAGCUAUAUUCAUACAUACUGGAAAUUACAUUUAGUUAUUUACAGAUAUUUAUCUUGUUUCCGUGUCAUGAAAAAAACAUUUAAUGUGAAUUGUCACAUUCAGGUCGAUGCAGCAAUUUACAUAAGAAUUGAAGUCUAUUAACCUUUUUUUUGAAAGCAAAUGCAUGACUAUUUAAAGGAAGAGUUCACCCAAAAUUUAAACGUUUUGAAAAUUUACUCACUCUUAAGCCA